AAGUUUUGGCUCCGAUACAAACAGUGAUGGAAAACAUAUGAGCAGUAACAAGUUUUAAUCUCGCUCUUCAGUACUAACAUGUACUAAUCUGUGGAAGCAGUUUAUUCCAGUAUCACCCAGGGUGCAGCCACACAGAGGCUGUUAGGACGGCUGGCUUUUUGUGUUUUCUUUUCUUUUAAAUGUAAUACUUUAUCUUUUCUUCUUAAAGAGGUUUGAGGAUACUUACAUUGUAGCUAAGUAAUUCAGGGUGGAUAAAUUCUACUUUGAAGAAAACUCUCUUCUGACAAGGUUGGACUUGCACCCAGGACAGAAUGAAGGAGUACAUGCUGCUGCUGCUGCUGCUGGCUGUGUGCUCUGCUAAACCCUUUAGUCCUUCACACACAGCACUGAAGAACAUGAUGUUGAAGGAUAUGGAAGACACAGAAGAUGAUGACAACGAUGAUGACAAUUCACUCUUUCCAACAAAAGAGCCAGUGAACCCCUUUUUCCCUUUUGAUUUGUUUCCAACAUGUCCCUUUGGGUGCCAAUGUUACUCUCGAGUUGUCCACUGUUCCGACCUAGGUUUGACCUCGGUACCAAGCAAUAUUCCACUUGAUACUCGAAUGAUUGACCUUCAAAAUAAUAAAAUUAAGGAAAUUAAAGAAAAUGAUUUUAGAGGACUCACUUCACUUUAUGCUCUGAUUCUGAACAACAACAAGCUAAUAAAAAUUCAUCCUAAAACCUUUCUAACUACAAAGAAGUUGCGAAGGCUAUAUUUAUCCCACAAUCAACUAAGUGAAAUUCCACCCAACCUUCCCAAAUCAUUAGCAGAACUCAGAAUUCAUGAUAAUAAAGUUAAGAAGAUACAAAAGGAUGCAUUCAAAGGAAUGAAUGCUUUACAUGUUUUGGAAAUGAGUGCAAACCCUCUUGAUAACAAUGGGAUAGAACCAGGGGCGUUUGAAGGGGUGACAGUAUUCCAUAUCAGGAUUGCUGAAGCAAAACUAACCUCAAUCCCAAAAGGCCUACCACCAACUUUACUGGAGCUUCAUUUAGAUUUUAAUAAAAUUUCAACUGUGGAACUUGAAGAUUUUAAACGAUACAAAGAACUGCAAAGGCUGGGUCUUGGAAACAACAAAAUCACAGACAUUGAAAAUGGAACUUUUGCUAAUAUACCACGUGUGAGAGAGAUACACUUGGAACACAAUAAACUAAAAAAAAUCCCUUCAGGAUUACAGGAGCUGAAAUACCUCCAGAUAAUUUUCCUGCAUUAUAACUCAAUUACAAAAGUGGGGGUGAACGACUUCUGUCCAACAGUGCCAAAGAUGAAGAAGUCUUUAUACAGCGCAAUAAGUUUAUUCAACAACCCAGUGAAGUACUGGGAAAUCCAACCUGCAACAUUUCGUUGUGUUCUUGGCAGAAUGAGUGUUCAGCUUGGGAAUGUUGAAAAAUAAUAAUUAAUGACACCCAUUGAAUAUAAAAUUUCAAAAAUUUACACAUUGGAAUACUUGAACUGUACUAAUAAUGAUAAUAUUGUAUACAUAAGCAAAAUUCUAUUCCAUGUGGCCAAUGACAAAAAAUUUCAACAGAAUUUUGCCUAUCAAUACUCAGAAUAAACAUCUAUUGCAGUGUCCCUUUGCACAUGAAUGA